AUGGUAGGACAGCAAUAUUCCAGUGCCCCACUGCGUACAGUAAAAGAGGUCCAGUUUGGUCUUUUUUCGCCCGAAGAAGUUAGAGCGAUAAGUGUAGCUAAAAUUAGAUUCCCGGAAACAAUGGAUGAAACUCAAACAAGAGCUAAAAUUGGCGGGUUGAACGAUCCUAGAUUAGGCUCUAUUGACCGUAACUUAAAAUGUCAAACUUGCCAAGAAGGUAUGAACGAGUGUCCUGGUCAUUUUGGUCAUAUCGAUCUGGCCAAACCUGUUUUUCAUGUUGGUUUCAUUGCUAAAAUCAAGAAACUUUGUGAAUGUGUCUGUAUGCACUGUGGUAAACUAUUACUCGAUGAACAUAAUGAAUUAAUGAGACAAGCCUUGGCAAUUAAGGACAGCAAGAAGAGAUUCGCUGCAAUUUGGACUUUAUGUAAAACUAAAAUGGUUUGCGAAACAGACGUUCCUUCAGAAAAUGAUCCUACUCAACUUGUUUCAAGAGGGGGUUGUGGUAACACGCAACCCACGGUUCGUAAGGAUGGGUUGAAACUGGUUGGUAGUUGGAAAAAAGAUAGAGCUUCAGGAGAUGCUGAUGAGCCAGAAUUAAGAGUCUUGAGCACGGAAGAAAUCUUGAAUAUAUUUAAACAUAUCUCGGUGGAGGAUUUCACUAGUUUGGGUUUUAACGAAGUCUUUUCUCGUCCGGAAUGGAUGAUUCUGACGUGUCUUCCUGUCCCACCACCACCAGUUCGUCCAUCUAUUUCCUUUAAUGAAUCCCAAAGAGGUGAGGAUGAUUUGACGUUUAAAUUGGCUGACAUUUUGAAGGCGAAUAUUAGUUUGGAAACAUUAGAGCAUAAUGGUGCUCCUCAUCAUGCCAUUGAAGAGGCAGAAAGUUUAUUACAGUUUCAUGUUGCCACCUACAUGGAUAAUGAUAUUGCUGGUCAACCACAAGCUCUACAAAAGUCCGGCCGUCCCGUUAAGUCGAUUCGUGCUCGUUUGAAGGGUAAGGAAGGUCGUAUUAGGGGUAAUUUAAUGGGUAAGCGUGUAGACUUCUCAGCAAGAACAGUUAUUUCUGGUGACCCUAAUUUGGAAUUAGAUCAAGUCGGUGUUCCAAAAUCUAUUGCCAAGACUUUGACAUAUCCAGAAGUCGUUACUCCUUAUAAUAUAGAUCGUCUAACGCAACUUGUUCGAAAUGGGCCAAAUGAGCAUCCUGGUGCCAAAUACGUCAUUCGUGAUAGCGGGGAUCGUAUAGAUUUAAGAUAUAGCAAAAGAGCUGGUGAUAUACAACUACAGUACGGUUGGAAAGUGGAGCGUCACAUCAUGGAUAAUGAUCCAGUUUUGUUCAACCGUCAGCCUUCGCUGCAUAAAAUGUCUAUGAUGGCUCACAGAGUGAUAGUUAUCCCAUAUUCUACAUUCAGAUUGAAUUUGUCCGUCACUUCUCCAUAUAAUGCCGAUUUUGAUGGUGACGAAAUGAAUCUUCACGUUCCUCAAUCUGAGGAGACGAGGGCUGAACUGUCUCAACUAUGCGCUGUUCCUUUACAAAUCGUGUCGCCACAGUCUAACAAACCUUGUAUGGGUAUUGUGCAAGAUACUUUAUGUGGUAUUCGAAAAUUAACAUUAAGAGAUACAUUUAUAGAACUUGACCAAGUUUUGAAUAUGCUGUAUUGGGUUCCGGAUUGGGAUGGUGUUAUUCCCACGCCUGCAAUUAUCAAACCCAAACCUUUGUGGUCAGGUAAACAAGUCUUAUCCGCGGCCAUUCCAAGUGGUAUUCAUUUGCAACGUUUCGAUGAAGGUACAACUUUGCUUUCUCCAAAGGAUAAUGGUAUGCUUAUCAUCGAUGGUCAAAUUGUAUUUGGUGUCGUUGAAAAGAAAACCGUUGGUUCGUCCAAUGGCGGUUUAAUUCAUGUCGUUACUAGGGAAAAGGGACCCCAAGUCUGUGCUAAACUAUUUGGUAAUAUACAGAAAGUUGUUAACUUUUGGUUGUUACAUAAUGGUUUCUCAACAGGUAUUGGGGAUACCAUAGCUGAUGGGCCAACAAUGAGAGAAAUUACAGAAACAAUUGCAGAAGCUAAAAAGAAGGUUUUUGAUGUCACAAAGGAAGCUCAGGCAAACUUAUUGACUGCUAAACAUGGUAUGACCCUCCGUGAAUCGUUUGAAGAUAAUGUUGUUCGGUUCUUAAAUGAAGCAAGAGAUAAAGCAGGUCGUUUAGCUGAAGUUAAUUUAAAGGAUUUAAACAAUGUGAAACAAAUGGUUAUGGCAGGUUCCAAGGGUUCAUUCAUUAAUAUCGCGCAAAUGUCAGCUUGUGUAGGGCAGCAGUCUGUUGAAGGUAAACGUAUUGCUUUUGGGUUCGUUGAUCGUACCUUACCACAUUUUUCUAAGGAUGACUAUUCUCCAGAGUCUAAAGGUUUCGUUGAAAAUUCAUAUUUGAGAGGUUUGACCCCACAAGAGUUUUUUUUCCAUGCAAUGGGUGGUCGUGAAGGUCUUAUCGAUACUGCUGUUAAAACAGCUGAAACAGGUUAUAUUCAACGUCGUUUAGUCAAAGCUUUAGAAGAUAUCAUGGUCCAUUACGAUAACACCACAAGAAAUUCGUUGGGUAACGUUAUUCAGUUUAUUUAUGGUGAAGAUGGUAUGGAUGCUGCACACAUUGAAAAACAAUCACUGGAUACGAUUGGUGGUUCUGACAAAGCCUUCGAAAAGAGAUACAGAAUUGACUUAUUGAAUCCAGAACACAUCCUGGAUCCUUCACUAUUAGAAUCUGGAUCUGAAAUCCUAGGUGAUCUGAAACUUCAAGUCUUACUGGACGAAGAGUACAAACAAUUAGUGAAAGACCGUAAGUUUUUAAGAGAAGUUUUUGUCGAUGGUGAAGCAAACUGGCCAAUGCCCGUCAAUAUAAGACGUAUUAUUCAAAAUGCUCAACAAACUUUCCACAUCGAUCAUACAAGACCAUCCGAUCUAACAAUCAAAGAAAUUGUUAUUGGUGUGAAAGAUUUACAGGAAAACCUACUGGUGUUACGUGGGAAGAAUGAAAUCAUACAAAAUGCUCAACAGGAUGCAGUUACCUUAUUCUGUUGCUUGUUCCGUUCCCGUUUGGCCACUCGCAGAAUCUUACAAGAAUAUAGACUAACAAAGCAGGCAUUCGAAUGGGUUUUAAGUAAUAUCGAAGCACAAUUUCUCCGUUCGGUUGUUCACCCUGGUGAAAUGGUUGGGGUUCUUGCAGCUCAAUCCAUCGGUGAACCAGCUACACAAAUGACACUUAAUACUUUCCAUUUUGCCGGUGUUGCUUCCAAGAAAGUUACCUCUGGUGUUCCACGUUUAAAGGAAAUCUUAAACGUUGCCAAAAACAUGAAAACUCCUUCUUUAACUGUUUACUUAGAACCUGGCCAUGCUGCCGAUCAAGAACAGGCAAAGCUAAUUAGAUCUGCCAUUGAACAUACUACUUUAAAGAGUGUAACUAUUGCUUCAGAGAUCUAUUAUGAUCCUGAUCCACGUUCCACAGUUAUUCCUGAAGAUGAAGAGAUUAUUCAACUUCAUUUCUCUCUGCUAGAUGACGAAGCCGAACAAUCUUUUGACCAACAAUCACCUUGGUUGUUGCGUUUGGAAUUAGAUCGUGCGGCAAUGAACGAUAAAGAUCUAACUAUGGGGCAAGUUGGUGAAAGAAUCAAGCAAACUUUCAAAAACGAUCUUUUUGUUAUCUGGUCUGAGGAUAAUGAUGAAAAAUUGAUUAUUCGUUGUCGUGUAGUUCGUCCUAAGUCACUAGACGCUGAAACUGAAGCUGAAGAAGAUCAUAUGUUGAAGAAAAUCGAGAACACUAUGCUGGAAAACAUUACAUUACGUGGUGUUGAAAACAUUGAGCGUGUUGUGAUGAUGAAAUACGACCGUAAAGUGCCAAGCCCAACUGGUGAAUACGUUAAGGAACCUGAAUGGGUGUUAGAAACAGAUGGUGUUAACUUAUCUGAAGUUAUGACCGUUCCUGGUAUCGACCCAACUAGGAUAUACACUAACUCGUUUAUCGAUAUUAUGGAAGUUUUGGGUAUUGAAGCUGGUCGUGCAGCCUUGUAUAAGGAAGUUUACAAUGUUAUUGCUUCUGAUGGUUCGUAUGUCAACUACCGUCAUAUGGCCUUACUAGUUGAUGUUAUGACGACUCAGGGUGGUUUAACUUCUGUUACUCGUCAUGGUUUCAACAGAUCGAAUACUGGUGCCUUGAUGAGAUGUUCAUUCGAAGAAACCGUCGAAAUCUUGUUUGAAGCGGGUGCCUCUGCCGAAUUAGAUGAUUGUCGCGGUGUUUCCGAAAAUGUUAUACUUGGUCAAAUGGCUCCAAUCGGUACCGGUGCAUUUGAUGUGAUGAUUGAUGAAGAAUCAUUGGUCAAAUACAUGCCAGAACAAAAAAUCACUGAGAUUGGAGAUGGACAAGAUGGUGGUGCCACUCCAUACAGCAAUGAAAGCGGUUUGGUCAAUGCCGAUCUUGAUGUUAAGGAUGAAUUGAUGUUUUCACCUCUGGUCGAUUCUGGUUCAAACGAUGCUAUGGCUGGAGGAUUCACAGCUUACGGCGGUGCUGAUUAUGGUGAAGCAACAUCUCCAUUUGGAGCCUAUGGUGAAGCACCUACAUCUCCCGGAUUUGGAGUCUCUUCACCGGGUUUCUCUCCAACUUCCCCAACAUACUCUCCUACCUCUCCAGCAUACUCCCCCACAUCACCAUCAUAUUCCCCUACAUCACCUAGUUACAGCCCCACAUCUCCAUCAUACUCGCCAACAUCUCCAUCUUACUCACCAACAUCUCCAUCUUACUCACCAACAUCACCAUCUUAUUCACCAACAUCACCAUCUUAUUCACCAACAUCACCAUCGUUCUCUCCCACAUCACCUAGUUACAGCCCCACAUCUCCGUCUUAUUCACCUACAUCUCCAUCAUACUCCCCUACGUCACCAAGCUAUAGCCCAACGUCCCCUAGCUAUAGUCCAACAUCGCCAGCCUAUUCACCAACAUCACCAAGCUAUAGUCCUACAUCUCCUUCGUACUCUCCAACGUCCCCAUCUUACUCCCCAACAUCUCCUUCCUACUCUCCCACUUCUCCCAACUAUAGCCCUACUUCACCUUCUUAUUCCCCAACAUCUCCAGGCUAUAGUCCAGGAUCUCCUGCAUAUUCUCCAAAGCAAGACGAACAAAAGCAUAAUGAAAAUGAAAAUUCCAAAUGA